AUGAUUUGGUGGUCUUUCUGGAAUCUUGUAUUAGUGGAUACAGAGCUGAUUCCGUCAUUGCCUCGCUUGGUUUUUCUAAUUCUCACAGGAUCGAAGUUGUAUGCUUUUCUGGUGGGCUCUGGCUUGCUUGCAUCUGGUGUUGAACAUGAGGAACUGUUAUCUGUUGCUGAGCCACUUCUGUCAGACCUUUCCAAUAUUCCUCGUCCCCAAGAGCCACAAACUGUGUACACUGGAGGUGAUUAUCGCUGUCAGGCCGAUUUAGGGUUUCAAACUCAUUUUGCUCUUGCAUUUGAACUACCUGAUGGUUGGCACAAGGAGAAGGAAGCUAUAGUUUUGACUGUUCUUCAGAUUCUGAUGGGAGGGGGUGGAUCAUUUUCAGCUGGUGGCCCUGGGAAAGGAAUGUAUUCAAGACUAUAUGUCCGUGUAUUGAGCGAGCAUCCACAAGUUCAGUCUUUUUCAGCAUUCAACAGCAUUUAUAAUCAUACCAGCAUAUUUGGAAUACAAGCCACCACUGGUUCUGAUUUUGCACCAACUGCUGUUGAUGUAGCUGUUAAGGAGCUUAUUGCUGUCGCAACACCUGGACAUGUUGACCAAAUACAGCUAGACCGUGCUAAACAGUCCACCAAAUCUGCAAUUUUGAUGAAUUUGGAAUCUAGAAUGGUUGCUUCAGAAGACAUUGGGAAACAAGUCUUGACAUAUGGGGGGAGAGGUACGACUUAUUACGUUCUUACCUCUUGUCCUUCGUUGUGAUGAGUGAUGUUACUUCAACUCUUUAU